CAUGAACGCCACGAUUCGCCGGGCCAUCCAAGGAUCGACCUUCUCGUCGUCGGCAAAGCAACUCAUGACAGAACAAGGACCUAUCUUCUCUUCGAUUCAGAAGAAGCUGCAAGACGCAUUUCAGCCGUCGCACUUGGAAGUCCUGAACGAGAGCUACAUGCACAACGUCCCGAAGGGAUCGGAGACGCAUUUCAAGGUCGUCGUCGUGUCGGCGGCGUUUGAAGGCAAACCAUUGAUUCAACGUCAUCGGCUUGUCAACCAAGUGCUGGCGGACGAACUCGACGGCGGCGUCCAUGCGCUGUCCAUCCAGAGCAAGACGCCGUCCCAAUGGGACGCCAACAGCACAGUUCGCCCGUCGCCGUCGUGCCUCGGUGGAAUGUUGCACGACCCGACGAAAAAGUAAUGUGUCAUCUUACUUCAAAUAUUGCCUUUGGAGCAAGUGAAUCAACAUGGAAAUGGCCCCACCGAGGAGCACUGCUACAA